GCUUUGCUGGGCGGAACGAUUAAGAAUCUUUGUCCAGUUGCCGAUACAAGUCGAAUUUAUAUCCUUAACUCAACUGAACAUAUCACCGUAUCUGGUUUGCCGGAAUCUGCACUUCAUAUCCGAAAUGAUAAAAUUAUUUACACCAUCAAUACAUCUGAGUUGCUGUUUUCUGAACCCUCCUUCAACAAAAUUCUUAUAUACUCGAAUGGGAUUGUAAAUUCCACUCAUAAGCCCCUAAUUAUAGUCACCAAAUACUCUACUGGACUAGGUAAUUCCUAUGGUGGCAUCCGGGCUGUCAUCACUAGUCAUGCUCCAUUUUCUGUGCCAUGCAUUUACUUGGACUUCUUACCUCCAUUUGCUCAAUUUUACCUAAGUCGUCUCAAACUAAACAUUGGCAGCAAGAUUGUAUCGCCCCAGAAAAUUCAUUUCCUACCAGGAAUGAUGAGGCAGCGCAUGUCCACAAUAGAACUCUUAAUAGACUUGCCCCCUAAAAGUCAACUUAUUAUAUCAUACGGUUUUAAGAAGCUUCUCCAAAGAUGGAACGAGUUUCCUCCAGAUGCUAAUCAUGGAUUCUACUUGCCCGCUGCCAUUGUAUCUUAUCAACUAACUCCCCUUCAGGUCAGCUUAAUAAUUAAUUCUACUCAUCCUGCUUGGCGUGAGCUUACUUUGCCCGUCGUAAUGAGCAAUUACGCCGAACUCUUGUAA